AUGUGUCUUUUCUCUCUCUCUCUUCUUAAUGUGUGUCUUCUUUUUUUCUCUCUCUUUUUAGUGUCUGUUUUCUUUUUCUCUCUCUCCUCUCAGUGUGUGAUUCGUUUUUUUCUCUCUCUCUCUUUUCGCUGUGUUUGUUUUUUUCUCUCUCUCUCUCUCUUAUCAGUGUGUGUCUUGUUUUUCUCUCUCUCUCCUCAGUGUCUGUCUUGUGUUUUUUUGCUCUCUCUUCUUAGUGUGUGUAUUGUUUCUCUCUCUAUCUCUCUCAGUGUGUGUUUUGCUUUUUUUCUCUCUCUCUCUUCUGAGGGUGUGUCUUGUUUUUCCCUCUCUCUUCUCAUGUGUUGUUUUUGUUCCUCUCUCUCUCUCUCUCUGUUAGUCUUCUCUUUCUCUUUGUGUGUUUUUCUCUUUGCCUUUUUGAAUUUCUCUCCCUCUCUCUAUCUCUUUCUCUUCUAUCUCUCUGUCUGUUGGUCUGGUAUUUUCUCUCUUUCCGUUUGUUUGUUUUUUCUCUCUCACUCUGUCUGUCGGGUUUUCUCUCUCUCUCUCUCUGUUUUCCCCUCUCUCUGUCUCUUUCUCUUUCUUUUUCUGUCAGUUUUUUCUAUCUCUGUUCUAUUUUCACUGUCUGGUUUUCUUCCCCUCUCUUUGUUUCUCUCUCUGACUGUUUUUCUCUCACUCUUUCUCUCUCUCUGUUUGGUUUUGUCUCUGGUUUUCCCCUCUCUCUCUCUCUUUCUCCGUUUGCCUAGUUUUCUCUCUCUGACAGGUUUUUCCCUCUCUUUCUAUGUCUAUCUGCCUGUUUUUUUUCUCUCUCUCUCUGUCUGGUUAACUCGCUGUCUGUCUCUGUCAGGUUUUUCCCUCUCUUUUACUGUCUGUCUGAUUUUCUCUCCCCGUCUGUCUGUUUCUCUCUUUCUUCCUCUCUGGUUUUUUCUCUCUCUCUCUCUCUUUUAG